GUCGAGCACUCCAGAUCUCACCUGGUUGCAAGACCAUUGAUAAGCUUCAUGUCCAGCCGAAGGCAGCACGCCGCGCCUGUCCGGUACGGCGAAUUUGAAAUGGGCGAGUCGAGCGACGACGAGGCGCCGAUCCCGCGCCGCCGGCCGGCCAAGCCAAAGGCGGCUCCUGCGGCGGCUCCUGCGGCCGCUCCGGCGCCAAUCAAGUUCAAGCUGACCGUGGGCGGGCAGCCGGUUCCCGAUGCCGCGGCCGGCGAGGCUGAUGAGCCGCCGGCGCCCCCUCCGCCGCAGUUCUCCCGCGAGGAGUCUGAGCUGCUUGAGCGGUACGCGCAGCUGCGGCAGGCGGCAAACGCCGCCCGCUCUUCCGCCGGUGGCAAAGCGGCCGCUGAAAAGGAAACCGCGAGCUUGCUGCCCGGGGAGGCUGCGGCGGCGUUGCGUGCCGACGGUGCCGGUCAAAAGUCGUUCAAGAGACCCACGGCCAAGCGGGGCAGGAGGCCGCCCGGCACAGAGGCGGCCGGGUUUGGAGUGGGCGCGUCUGCACCGCCCCCACUGCCGCACGCAUGGCCGUGAUCGAGUAGGUAUGGUACAAACAACACGAAUUACGUAAGACUCUAUAGACUUCCUUU